CUGGCGCUGCUCCUGCUCGCCAAACCGGCCCUCUCCAUCGACAUCGAUGUCACCAAUUCCGCCUCCAUCUUGAGUGCCGCCAAGAUCGUCGUGGGCGACAUUCUUCAAAUCUACACGAGAGAUGGCGCAGGUCCCGCAAUUCCGGGUCUUCUCCCUGCACCCUACUACUGGUACGAGGCCGGCAUGACCUUUGACAGCCUCAUCAAUUAUUGGUCCUUCUCUGGGGACGCUUCCGUCGUCGCUCCUGUGCAGGAGGGGAUCCUCUUCCAGCUCGGUCCCGAUUACAAUUUCAUGCCCCCGAAUCAGUCCAAAUCUCUCGGCAACGAUGACCAGAGCACAUGGGCAUUGGCUGCCAUGACCGCCGCCGAAACCGGCUUCCCGACCGCGCCCAAUCAAAGCUACUCCUGGCUGCAGCUGGCGCAGCGUGUCUUUGACGGACAGGCCGCUCGCUGGGACACCAGCUCGUGCAACGGUGGCUUGCGUUGGCAGAUUUACAGCUUCAACAAUGGUUACGAUUACAAAAACUCCAUCAGCACCGGUAAUCUCUUCCAACUGGCCGCCCGCCUGGCGAAGUUCACCGGCAACCAGACCUACGUCGACUGGGCUCAGAAAUCUCUCGAUUGGUCGCAAGCAGUGGGGCUUGUCAACUCUGAGUAUAGUAUCUUCGACGGAGCCGACGACCGUCUCAACUGCACUGAGAUCAAUCACGUGCAAUGGACCAACAACGUUGGCACAUACCUGAGAGCUUCGUCUUAUCUCGCCAAUUCCACCCAACAGCAGUCGUGGAGUAGCUUCACAUCAAACCUACUCGCCACGGUGAAUAUAUUCACACGAGAGCCCAAGACUGCCCUCGCUAGUACUGCCUCUGGAAGUACAAUCCUGUUUGAGUCAGCAUGCCAGCCUCAAGGCACUUGCAACAUCGACCAGAAAGCCAUGAUUAGUGUCCUGGCGCGGGCACUGGCUCAGACCCGUGACUUGACGCGUCCUGUCGACGGAUCGAAAUACUCCGGCAGCUCUCGCGACGACCUGAUCAAAUCAAUUCUGCAAAACUCCGCCAAGGGUGCCGCCGCCUCGUGUGCCGGUGGUUCUUCCAAGACGCUCUGCGGUCAGGACUGGGCUUUGGGUUCUUGGGAUGGCGAUUCGGGAGUGGGCCAGGAGAUCAGCGCGCUCGAAGUCUUCCUCGCCAAUUUGCCCAGCAAGGCUCUC